UUACUUCCAGUUCCCGGGACUCACUUCCCUUUCAGCUUCGCUUGCUCCAGCCUCCAGAAGCCUCACAACCGCUCGCCACCAAUCCAGCCCCUGUCCCUCCCCCAGGCACUGAAUCUCAAGGGGAUUGUUCUCGCAGCCCAAACUCCAAGUUCUCAAGCCAAAUUUGGUCCUGUUCGGCUCAAAUUUACCUUUUCUUUCGGUGGUGUUCUUGUCGGCCAUGUCUCUGUACGACGGCGAGCUCACCGGAGUUUAUCCGGAAGAGAACGAAGACCACCACGCCGUCCAGAUGGCCGAAUCCGACUACGAGGACGACGACUCGGACCAACCUACUUGUAAGGAGACAGAAGACACGACGGCUAUGGAUGUGAAGAAAGGGAAGGAUAUACAAGGGAUCUCUUGGGAGACGAUGAACACUACAAGAGACAGGCACAGGCAGGCAAGGUUGCAGCAGUAUGCCAACUUUGAGAACAUACCUAAUUCAGGAAGGACUGCAGAGAAGGAUUGCACACCUGCAAAGAAAGGUCAACUCUACUAUGAGUUUCAGCAUAACACGAGAUCAGUAAAAUCGACCAUUCUUCAUUUCCAGUUGAGAAAUUUAGUAUGGGCAACGACAAGGCAUGAUGUGUACCUUAUGUCAUACUAUUCUGUGCUUCAUUGGUCAGCAUUGACUCGUGAGAAGCAAGAAAUCAUUGAUCUUCAAGGGCAUGUCGCACCAUGUGAGAAGCACCAUGGAAAUUUCUCUGAGGGAUUUUCUCGAACUCAAGUCAGUGCUUUGGCAGUUAAAAAUAACUUGCUAGUUACUGGUGGAUUUCAUGGCGAAAUAAUAUGCAAGUUUUUGGAUCGUCAAGGAAUAAGUUAUUGUUGUAAGUCAACACAUGAUGACAAUGGCAUUACUAAUUCUUUGGAGAUAUAUGAGAAACCUAGUGGUUCUCUACAUUUCUUGGCCUCAAACAAUGAUUGUGGAGUUAGAGACUUUGACAUGGAAAAGUUUCAAAUAUGCAAUAACUUCAGAUUUGCUUGGCCCGUGAAUCAUACAUCACUGAGCCCUGAUGGCAAACUUGCUGUGAUGGUGGGGGACAGUCCUGAUGGACUUCUGGUUGAUGCCAAUUCAGGAAAAGCGGUUCAUGAUCUCCGUGGCCAUUUGGAUUUCUCCUUCGCAUCAUCAUGGAACCCAGAUGGCCGUACAUUCGCCACUGGAAACCAAGACAAGACAUGCAGGGUAUGGGACAUUAGGAAUCUCUCCAAAUCAGUUGCUGUAUUGGGUGGUAAUAUCGGAGCCAUCAGGUCAAUUCGCUACACAUCCGAUGGGAAGUUCAUGGCGAUGGCAGAACCUGCGGAUUUCAUCCACAUCUUCGAUGUCGAGAGUGGAUACAGCAGGAAACAGGAAGUGGAUUUCUUUGGUGAGAUUGCAGGCAUAUCGUUCAGUCCUGAUACCGAAUCUCUCUUUGUCGGCGUGCAUGAUCGCGCAAACAGCAGCCUCCUCCAGUUCAAUCGGCGACGGUUCUACUCGUACCUUGAUUCAGUACUGUGAAGUUGACAGGCAGAGACCAGUGAGAUCCAGAUCACAGGUUGUAGAAACUAUUGUAUAUGUUUGUAGAUGUUGCUCUGAAGAAACUGAAGCGCAGUGCGUCUACUUUUGCUGAACAAGCUGUAGAUACCCAGCGAGCUAGCUUUCUUUUGCUGAGCAAGUUGUAGAUAUUCAGCGAGCCAUCUUUUUGGAGAUUUGUGCGGCUGCAGCUGUAACUAUAACGUUGUUGUACAUAAUCACAUAAGUGCUACUUGAUCAACAGUUUCACACAGGUUGUCACCA